GGAGAAUAGAACGGAGAGAGAGAGAGAGAGAGAGAGAGAGAUGGCGUCUAUGAAGCUAAGUGCACCGCCGGCGACCAGCCAGUGGAUCGGCGGUGGCCGGAGUACCUUUGAGCGGAGGGUGUCGCUGCUUCCGAUGGUCCGGCGUGGGGCUGUGGCGCCGAUCCGUGCAGGGGCAUACACCGAUGAACUCGUCCAGACUGCGAAAUCUAUUGCUUCCCCUGGACGUGGAAUUCUUGCAAUUGAUGAGUCAAAUGCCACCUGUGGGAAAAGGCUUGCAUCAAUUGGUUUAGACAACACAGAAACCAAUCGCCAAGCUUACAGGCAGCUUUUGCUCACAACUCCCGGUUUAGGCGACUACAUUUCUGGUGCCAUCCUCUUUGAGGAGACGCUGUACCAGUCCACAAUUGGUGGGAAGAAGUUUGUGGACUGUUUGCGUGACGAGAACAUAAUGCCGGGCAUUAAAGUUGAUAAGGGUUUGGUUCCAUUACCAGGAUCAAAUAAUGAAUCCUGGUGCCAAGGCUUGGAUGGGCUUGCCUCACGCUGCGCUGAAUAUUAUAAGCAAGGAGCACGCUUUGCCAAGUGGCGAACUGUUGUGAGCAUUCCUUGUGGUCCAUCUGCUUUGGCUGUCAAGGAGGCUGCUUGGGGCCUUGCUCGUUAUGCUGCUAUUUCUCAGGAUAACGGGCUUGUUCCAAUAGUUGAACCUGAAAUUCUCCUUGAUGGAGACCACGCAAUCGAAAGGACACUUGAAGUGGCCGAGAAAGUAUGGUCUGAGGUGUUCUUCUACUUGGCCGAAAACAAUGUCAUGUUUGAGGGUAUUUUGCUAAAACCCAGCAUGGUAACCCCUGGUGCUGAACACAAAGCCAAGGCAUCUCCUGAAACUAUUGCCAAACACACCCUAACUAUGCUUAAGAGGCGGGUGCCUCCUGCUGUUCCUGGAAUCAUGUUCUUGUCGGGAGGGCAGUCAGAAAUGGAAGCUACUUUGAACUUGAAUGCCAUGAACCAAAGUCCGAACCCAUGGCAUGUCUCCUUCUCCUACGCAAGAGCUCUUCAGAACAGUGUCUUGAAGACAUGGAAAGGACUCCCUGAAAACAUAGAUGCCGCACAGAAGGCACUCUUGGUUCGUGCGAAGGCGAAUUCCCUGGCUCAACUUGGUCGCUACUCUGCCGAUGGUGAGGCCGAAGAAGCCAAGAAGGGGAUGUUUCAGAAGGGCUAUACCUACUAAGGCUUUUAGUUUGCUUUCUGGCAGCAGGCUUUUUUCCAUUAGCUAUAGCUUUAGCUAUUUGCCAAAAUCAUAAAGUUUUUGCAGAGUGGCUCUUUUAGAAGGGAAUGAAAAUGGAACCUUUCUUGUUUAGCACUUUUAAAUAAUCAGCUUGUUGCAACUGCUUUAAAGCUUGAAGCUUUCAGCCUUAUGUCUUCAGCAAGAACUAUAAAUGUAUUCUAGGUUUUAUUGAUUAUGAUUAUGAGAUGUUUUUGGGUCAA